CGUGCUGGUAGGGGGCGAUGUUAUUAUAGAAAGUAUCAGAAGAUGAAGACUCGACGGAGGAGCGUAAGUUAAUGUAUAAAAAUAUUUAAUGAUAGCGACUUUGCACCUGGAAACCUUGAACAGAUGUUCCGAGGUAUAAACAAAUAUUUUUGACUAAGUUUGUGGCGAUAGGAUGUGUUAUUAUGCUACUGUUGUGUACACAGAGAGGACUGCGGCUUUUCAUGGCGAAUUACAGUCUGUUUCAUUUACAAAAGAAGUAUACGUUUCAUGAAGUUUGCUGAUUCUGAGUGCAGUGAGUGAUUGUCACGGAAGUUGAGCGGUGCAAUCAAAGAGCCAGACUGGGUCAAGUCUGUUGAUACACUACCCUGCAAUCCGAACCAAGAAUAACUGAUUCAACCGGAUAUAUAGCGGAUCGCCAGACAUAAGAGAGGGAUUGUUAAUAGCCAUCGGUUGUCAGGCACGCAUCCAAAUGAUGUUACUUGUUUAAUUCCAGUAAGAAUACAACACGAAAUACAAACAUAAUUGCACAGCACUUUGAAAAAUAAUACAAAACACCAACGCCAGUGAAUAACCAGAUUCCAUUGGGCGGAGAGACAGUGAUAAACCAGUGCUAUAUACCAGGUGAAAAAUCACCAUUUCUACAGCUUUCCAUCCAAAAUGGAAACACCAACUGUGUCACGCGCUAAACGGGUACGUCAUGCCAUCCUCACCGGAAUUAAACGUUUCGUCAUGUUCCUUUUCUCACAUGUUGGACUUACGUCGGCUGUGGUCGCCUACAGCAUGCUAGGUGGUGUCAUUUUCAAGGGUCUGGAGGCGCCAAGCGAACGGAUCCAAAGGGAUCGAGUUGAGAAGGCCAGAGUCACGUACACCAAGAAGUUGGUUGAGCUGUCACAGGCGUUGAAGAACACCACGGAGAGUUAUGCCAUGUGGCAGCAGAACGCGACCAAGUUGGUGGAGAAAUUUCAGAUGGAAGUUUUCGAGUUGACAGCCUUCAGUGGCUGGGAUGGUCAGGAACCGGAAGAUGAAUUACAGUGGUCGUUUCCCGGUGCGUUGUUGUAUGCCAUCACCGUCGUCACAACUAUCGGUUAUGGCCACAUCACACCGAAGACCAGCUGGGGUCGGAUCGUCACUAUCGUCUACGCAAUCGUCGGCAUCCCCCUCACGUUUCUGUGUCUCCGGAACAUCGGCUCCUUGCUCAGUUCCUGCGUCAAGCUUGUCUAUAAACAUGCUUGUUUAGGGCUCAUGAGCAGAUGGCUACUCCUCAAACGAAGGAUGCGGAAGUCUCGCAGAUUAUCGAAGAUACGAGAAGCUGCCGAGAGAGCCAGGAAAUGGAGUCGUCAGAUGAACGGGGGAACCGCUGAGGCCUGCGGGGAGAACGUCAAAACCGACCAUAAUUCAGAACUCCUAGCCGAAGAUGAAAACAAGCAACCAGUUGAAUCGGAAUCUCGAGAAAUAACGUGCUAUGAAACUGAAGGAGAGUUAUCUCCCUUAGACGAAGAGCCAGUUCAUACUAAGCUGACGGAGGUUCGCGUCCCAGUGUCGAUAACACUCUUCAUCAUGACCGGAUACAUCAUAGGUGGCGCUAUAAUGUUUGCAUUGUGGGAGAAGGACUGGGACUUCCUGAUCGCCUCCUACUUCUGCUUCAUCACACUGAGCACCAUCGGCUUCGGCGACUACGUCCCGGGGAGCAGCAUCGACUCGUGGGGCAGCCAGGAGAAGCUGGUGAUGUGCUGCCUGUACCUGCUGUUCGGGAUGGCCAUGCAGGCCAUGUGCUUCCACCUCAUGCAGGAGGAGGUCCGCUACAAGUUCCGCAAGCUGGCCAAGAGGGUUGGGCUACUGGAGGAGGAGGAGAAGACGGGGGAAGAGGCAGUGAGUGAGUGAGUGAGUGAGCUGGCCAGGAGGGUAGGGCUACUGGAGCAGGAGGAGAAGA